UUUUGGAUAAUAUCAGGAGGGAGUGGACACAUUCGACCCAACACUAGCUGCAGCUCAACUGAUCUAUACUCCUUUUUACUAGUACUAGUACUAAAAAAGAAACCCAUUUUUUCUCUAGAACUGAAUAUUGUGCAAUUACUAGCAAGGAGAAAAGCUCUGAAUCAUCAAGAAUGGCGUAGCUUCUCUAAAAGACCCUAUUGUAUGUUCCUUUCCACUGUUUCCUUAACACCCCAGAUCAUAUUUUUGUUUUUAUGAUUCUUUUCUGGUUCAAUAGUUGACAUUUCUAGAUUAGGCUAUCACUGGCUUCAAAUCAUUUUCUUGAUUUCAUGGCUGUCCCUUUAAAUUCAGUGUCCACAGUAACAAAUCCAUCACCAGAUAAUGCAAGAAAUUCUUGUGGAUUUUUUACCCACGCACCAAAGUUCCCAUCUUUCUUCCAUACUAAGUCCAUUUCAAGAAAUUUAGCAUCUUCCCAUUUAAGUCCACCUCUAAAAGAACAAGUACCAAUAGCUUCAUCAAAGGGUAGUAGUAUUUUUACUUUACCUAAUUGGAGGUCAGGUAAAAAUGAUCCAAGAAACAAAGAACUUAGGCUUUAUGAUGCCUUUUUGUAUUUGGAAUACAUGGUAGGUAAAGGCCAAAAGCCUGAUAAAACUCAUGCAACUCAGCUUUUGUAUGAUCUUUGUAAUUGUAAUAAACUCAGAAAAGCUGCUAGAGUUAUGGAAAUGAUGGUUAGUUCUGGUACUAUACCUGAUGCAGCUUCAUACACUUUCUUGGUGAAUAAUUUGUGCAAAAGAGGAAAUGUUGGUCAUGCUAUGCAAUUAGUUGAUAAAAUGGAGGAAUAUGGCUAUCCUACUAAUACUGUGACUUACAAUUCUCUUAUAAGAGGACUUUGUAUGAGGGGGAACUUGAGCAAAAGCUUGCAAUUUGUGGAAAAGUUGAUUCAAAAAGGGUUAGUACCAAAUGCAUAUACUUAUUCUAUAUUGCUUGAGGCUAGUUAUAAAGAAAAAGGGGUUAAUGAAGCAAUGUUGCUUUUAGACACUAUUAUUGCUAGAGGUGGAAAGCCUAAUUUGGUUAGUUACAAUGUUCUUUUGACUGGUUUGUGCAAAGAAGGAAGAAUAGAUGAAGCAAAACAAUUCUUUAGAAACUUGCCGUUGAAGGGGUUUAAUCCUAAUGUUGUUAGCUAUAAUAUCCUGUUGAGGAGUUUGUGUUUUGAAGGACGUUGGGAUGAAGCGAACGAGCUCUUAGCGGAAAUGGUUGGAGAAGAUCGUUCACCGUCUAUAGUAACCUACAAUAUAUUGAUUAGUUCCCUUGCUCUUCAUGGCCAAACCGAUCACGCCAUCAAGAUUCUAGACGAGAUGUACUAUGGAGAACAGUUUAAGCCGAUUGCUGCUAGCUAUAAUCCGAUAAUUGCACGUUUAUGCAAGGAUAGGAAAGUGGAUGCAGUAAUUAAGUGUCUUGAUCAAAUGUUGGAACGACAUUGUAGUCCUAAUGAAGGGACGUUUAAUUCCAUCGCUGUGCUUUGCGAGGAAGGAUUAGUGCAUGAGGCCUUCUCGAUUCUCCAAGCUUUGAGGAUUAAACAGAGCUCGUCUACUCAUGAUUUCUUUAGAGCUGUGAUUUCUGGUUUAUGUAGGAAAGGAAACACAUUCGCGGCGUUUCAACUUUUGUAUGACAUGACAGCCCACGGAUUUACUCCCGACUCUUACACAUAUUCAUCAUUGAUCAGAGGGUUGUGCUUGGAGAAGAUGUUGGUGGCUGCUGUUGAUGUAUUCUACAUCAUGGAGGAAAAUGGAUAUAGGCCUGAUGUCGACAAUUUCAAUGCGCUUGUUCUUGGUCUAUGCAAAUCCAGAAGGACAGACUUGUCGCUAAAGGUAUUUGAGGAUAUGAUCAGAAAAGGUUAUAUGCCUAAUGAGAUAACGUAUACCAUUCUAGUUGAAGGGAUCAUACAUGAAGAACACAGGGAGCUUGCAUCACUAGUCCUAAAGGAAUUGCAUCUGAAAGAAGUAAUAAGUAGAAAUACCGUUGAAAGACUUGUUAUGCAAUAUGAGCUUGAGGAUAUGGCAGUAUGCUGAUUUUUCACGAAAAAGGUUAUUCAUCAGCAUAGGCUAAAUACACCAAAUCAACAAAAUCAUUCUCAUCCUGCCUGUCAGAUGGGAAUUUUACACAACUAAUAAACCCUUUGGAUAAUUGGUUUUCGGAUAUGGUAGUUGAUUCAUAGUAGGCUUUGUAGAGGUGAGUGAAACUUUCCAAUUCUCUCUGUAUUUUUACCUAAAGUUUACUCUUUUGUUACUGAAGUUGCUGUUACGAAAAUGGCAAUAUAUCUCCUUUAUCUAAUAAAGAUUUCUUGCUA